AUGCCUGUCAAUCUACACGAAAAGACAAUCCCAUCCUCCGCAACCUUACUGACGUUGGCGCUAGUAACACUGUGGAGCACCCGACCGGUCCGAGCACAAAACACCUGCGUCUCUCUUGCAUCAUCCAAAGCAUGUCCUGCAUUUGACCAAUAUUACGUUGGCUUACCCGGACUUGCGGAUCGGUACUCGUACAUGGCCAAUGUCACAGACGUCGCUUCGUUUGACGAAAGCUUAUUUGCAUAUGUCAAGACCACAGGCGACUAUUUGUUACCACUCGGUUGCAACAGCGACUACGGUAAUGGUGCACCUUAUGCGCGAUACUCACUGUCACGAAUAUGUGCCGGUUUGAUCCAAGACGUCAACAAUUCGCUACCAUGUAACUAUGAACACAAUCUGACGCCACCUCCACUAUGCAAAACAACAUGUGAUGCUUGGAUCAGCAGCAUCGAGACGAUUACGAGCGAUACAAGUGUAUGUCAAGAUUCAGUACUACGCAAUAACACGAUAUCCAAUCUGCAGAAUCAGUGUGCAUCGUGGCAAGGAUACAAUGGGACAGCGUCAGAAAGUUGUAUAUCAGGGUCAGUGAAUGAACCUGGCAAUUGUGGUACGUGUUUCCUUUGGGUUGGCAUAUGCAGUUUUGCAGAUUUAGUUUGGAUAGCAUAG